UCAGUGCUCUCUGGGUCUGUAGAGUGGGGGGUGUUCUGGUCAGUGCUCUCUGGGUCUGGACUGGUUGAAGCUCCCAGAUGAAGUCUUCCUGGCUCCAGAGGACUGUAGAGUGGGGGGUGUUCUGGUCAGUGCUCUCUGGGUCUGGACUGGUUGAAGCUCCCAGAUGAAGUCUUCCUGGCUCCAGAGGACUGUCCACUGGAUAGUGUGCUGGAAGUCCAUACGGCGGAAGAGCCGCAGGAAAAUAACACUGGUGAUGGUUGGACUUGACAACGCUGGGAAGACUGCUACAGUACGCGGGAUCCAGGGAGAGAGCCCAGAGGACGUGGCCCCUACGGUAGGGUUCUCCAAGGUGGAUCUGAAGCAGGGGAAGUUUGAGGUCACCAUCUUUGACCUGGGCGGAGGGAAGAGGAUCAGGGGCAUCUGGAAGAACUACUACAGCGAGUCGUACGGGGUGGUGUUCGUGGUGGACUCCAGUGAUGUUCAGAGGAUCCAGGAGACCAGGGACACUAUGGCUGAGGUCCUCCGACACCCUCGCAUCUCUGGGAAACCUGUCCUAGUAUUGGCUAACAAGCAGGAUCGGGACGGGGCAUUGGCUGAGGCAGACAUCAUUGAGAACCUGUCAUUGGAGAAGCUAGUGAACGAGAACAAGUGUCUCUGUCAGAUCGAGCCGUGUUCUGCUGUUCUGGGCUACGGUAAGAAGGGGGACAAGUCCAUCAGGAACGGACUCAACUGGCUGCUGAACAACAUCGCCAAAGACUACGAAGCCAUCUCUGAACGCGUCCGGAAGGACACGGCCGAACAGAGGGCUCAGGAGGAACAGGAGAAGAGAGAGAGACAGGAGAGAGUACGGAGGAUACGGGAGGAGAGAGACCGUCAGGAGAAAGAGGAGGCGGAGAGGGAGGGUCGGACACUGCAUGAGGAGGAGGAGACCGACGACGCCACCGUACACAGCCCCUUCCAGCCAAUCGGCAACGUCAUCAAUGAGAAUGAAGACAAGCUGAAGAAGAGACCGACAGGAGGUCAGGUGGGUGGUGCCAAUGAUGCUGGAGAAGGAGGGCAGGAAGAGGAAGAGGAGGAGGAAGAGGACAGCGAGAGACAGACUCCAGAAAGCGGUGCAGCCUCAGUGGAGCGGACGAAGAAGAAGACGAGUAAACUGAGACUGAAGAGGAAACACAGAGUGGACCCUCUGAGGACGGAGGAGACAGCAGCCCCCGAGAGCCCCACACCUCCACCACUACCUGUGGGAUGGGCUACUCCCAAAAUGUCUAGGCUUCCCAAGCUGGAGCCUCUUGGCGAUAGGAGCCGAUCCGAGUUCUUCGGCAAGCCCCUCCCUCCCGUGGCCAACCGUCAACAACAACCUAACAGCGACACUCAUGAUGUCAUAUCCUGCCCCUGGAGAGAGGGAGGGUGA